UUUAGUCGAUCAUAAAAAUUUCUAGCAUGAGAUGAACUAUCGAAAAUUAUUAGUUAUAGAAUUGCAAUUGCAGUUGCAGUUGUUGUUGUUGUUGUUGGUGUCGUCGUCGCCGCUCUCGGCGGACAAUUCCAGCACAGAUCACCGGCGGGUGAAGCGUCUGUCGUCGCCGGACUUUGACAAGGAUCAGACCCUGGAGUUGGCCAAGUAUGUGGUCUCCAUACGAUCGCGCACGCCGCGCUUGUACUUCGGGGACAACCACUACUGCUGCGGCGUCAUAGUGGCGCCCAAGUUCGUGCUGACCGCUGCGCACUGUACCAUGGACAAGAGCAAAAUCCUGCACCAGAGCCGCACGCUGCUCGUCGUGGGCGGCACGCCGAACCGGCUCAAGUAUGUGACCGGAACGUCGGUCAGUUUGCCGGUCUCCAAAAUCUAUGUGCCGAUGAAUUUCACCAUGCACAACACCGACAACAUUGCGCUGCUGCGUCUAGCCUACGCCUGGCCCUCGAAUCACCCGCGCAUUGCGAUCGCCAGUCUGCCCGACUCGGCGCCAAGUGCGGGCAGCAACUACACUGUGCUGGGUUGGGGCAGCAUGUUCAAGGGUGGACCCAUGUCCUCGGUAAUCCUGCAGAUCACCGUGCGGCUUAUUGAGCAUAAAAACUGUUCGGCCCAGCUGCGCACCUUCAUGGACGAAAUGCUCUGCGCUGGCAAUCUGCACGACGAGCUGGAUCAGAGUCCCUGUGCCGGCGAUACGGGCUCCCCCAUGAUAGCCAACGAUACCGUCUAUGGUGUUGUGUCCUACCGCUUGGGCUGCGGCUCCAAGACCAUGCCCUCCGUGUAUACGAAUGUGCACCACGAAAUGGAGUGGAUCAAUUACAUUCUGGAGAAUGCUGCAGUGCAGCGAAGAGCGCCACUGGCUACACUAAUGCUCGCAGUACUGCUACAGAUUGUGCUACACUUUUGAAAAAAAACCCACUUUUU